CUAAGCCGCGGUGCAGGUGUUUGACGGGACUGAAUCUCUUCCAGGACCUGAUCGUCGAUUGGAGUCUAUUCCGACCGCACUCUGCCAUGUUGCGCCAGGAGAGAGGGUACAGCAGUCGACACGUAAGCUGUCCCCCGUCUCGGCGUAUUUUCCAGAGGCUGAAAGUAGUACAGAUCUACUACUUCGCGAUGGUCACCAACGUCCUAGUCCGGUGGGAAUGGAUCUGGUACUUGCCCGUUGCAGGCCGCUACGUCAGAUUACGUACCUAUUUUAUUGCUCUGGCAGAAAUGCUCCGUCGGUGGCAGUGGAACUUUUUCCGAGUAGAGACCGAACACUUGGGUAAUGCCGAUGCGUACCGAGUGACGCGGGAGAUUCCACUGCCCUACCGUCGAAUCGAGCAUGAUUCCGAGGAGGAUGAAAUGGGUCCGAACAGAGCCUCUAAGCGACCCGGAAGUCUCAGUAUCAGGUUGGAAGCUUUGAAGCGAGAAAUCCUAGGCAGGGGACCUAAAGGCGAGGGGGAUGGGAAUGGAGAUGGACAUGAGCCUCAGCGCCAUGUUCAGAGAGAUUAUGAGGCUGGACAGAGACUGGAUCCUGUCGUCUCCAGGACUAGGGACGGUGAUGAGAGCGAGGUAUAGAGCUCUCUGCAAUGCACAAAUUCAUCUUUAAGUCCCUAUCUAUGUAGGCUUCCGUCUGUUCAGUCAGGGCUGAUGGUCCGUUUUGGGUACUGUGCAUGGAAGUUGCUGAUUG